GAGGAUAAACAAUGAACAUCUUUGAAAGCUGCUGGCCUGGACCUUUUUAGCCACUUUUAACUCAGCAUAAUUUUGCGGAGAGACCAUCCACAUACAGCAUGAUGGCAUGCUUUCUGUGGAAACUACCAACCUUCUAUGGGCUUGUUGUUGUACUGGCCCAAGUACAUUCAUCAGAGGUGGUCGCAGGAGAAGGUUUGGUGUCAAACAGACCAACAGAUCCCCUAUGAUUUUACUCUUCCAAACAAAGGGUUCAGUCGGGCUGCACUGCCGUUCGGCUUGGUAAGGAGAGAGCUGUCUUGUGAGGGCUAUCCAAUCGACCUACGUUGUCCAGGAAGUGAUGUCAUCAUGAUAGAGAGUGCUAACUACGGAAGAACAGACGACAAGAUCUGUGACGCUGACCCCUUUCAGAUGGAGAACAUCAACUGCUACCUCCCAGAUGCCUACAAGAUCAUGUCACAAAGGUGCAACAAUCGAACCCAGUGCAUAGUGAUCACAGGCUCUGACGUCUUCCCUGACCCAUGUCCAGGAACCUACAAAUACCUGGAGGUCCAGUAUGAGUGUGUCCCCUACAAAGUGGAGCAAAAAGUUUUUGUUUGUCCCGGGACUCUGAAAGCUGUCGGAGAUCCUUCCUUUCUUUUUGAAGCGGAGCAGCAGGCCGGGGCAUGGUGCAAGGACCCAUUGCAAGCAGGCGACAAAAUCUACUUUAUGCCCUGGACUCCAUACAGGACAGAUACUCUCAUUGAGUAUUCUUCUCUUGACGACUUCCAGAAUGCUCGGCAGACCAUCACAUACAAGCUCCCUCAUCGUGUGGAUGGCACUGGAUUUGUGGUAUAUGACGGGGCUGUAUUUUUCAACAAGGAGAGAACCCGCAACAUUGUAAAGUUUGACCUACGGACUAGAAUCAAAAGUGGUGAGGCCAUCAUCAAUAACGCUAACUAUCAUGACACAUCGCCAUACAAGUGGGGCGGGAAAACAGACAUCGACCUGGCUGUGGACGAGAACGGCCUCUGGGUGAUCUACGCCACCGAACAGAACAACGGCAUGAUGGUUAUCAGCCAGUUGAACCCUUACACCCUUCGCUUCGAGGCUACCUGGGAGACGACUUAUGACAAGCGCUCAGCUUCGAAUGCCUUCAUGAUCUGUGGAGUACUCUAUGUAGUGAGGUCCACUUAUGAAGAUAACGAGAGUGAAGUCAGCAAAAGUCUGAUAGAUUACAUUUACAAUACCAAACAGAACCGGGGCGAGUACGUGGAUAUCCACUUUCCUAACCAGUACCAGUACAUUGCAGCUGUGGAUUACAAUCCAAGAGAUAACCAGCUAUAUGUGUGGAAUAAUUUUUACAUCCUAAGAUACAAUCUGGAGUUUGGUCCACCUGAUCCCGCGCACGCUCCCCCUCCAUCAGAGGUAACCAUUGCUCCUCAGCCUCUGAGAACUACAACCACCACAACAACCACCACAAUGCACAGAGGUGUAGCCAACACCACCACCCCAACAGGGCCCAAGGAAGGGAGCAAGGGAGCAGUGAAACCCCAUUUGGAGGUUCUCCAGACCACAGUCCCUCCACCCCUGGAGAGCUUCCCCCUGCCAGAGCGCUUCUGCGAGGCCACAGAGAAGAGGGACAUCCUGUGGCCCCAGACCCAGAGGGGCAUGCUCGUUGAGCGACCAUGCCCCAAGGGGACACGAGGCACAGCCUCCUAUUUAUGUGUUUUUGCCUCUGGGGCUUGGCACCCAAAGGGCCCGGAUCUCAGCAACUGCACAUCCCACUGGGUCAACCAAGUUGCCCAGAAGAUCCGUAGUGGGGAGAAUGCUGCUAACCUAGCCAAUGAACUAGCCAAACACACCAAAGGCCCCAUUUUUGCCGGCGAUGUGAGCUCGUCAGUGCGUCUGAUGGAGCAGCUGGUAGACAUCUUAGAUGCUCAGCUCCAGGAACUGAAGCCCAGUGAGAAGGACUCUGCAGGACGCAGCUUCAACAAGCUUCAAAAACGAGAAAGGACAUGCCGGGCAUACAUGAAGGCAAUUGUGGAUACAGUGGACAACCUUUUGAGACCAGAGGCUCUGAAAUCCUGGCAAGAUAUGAACUCCACAGAGCAGACACAUGCUGCCACCAUGUUGCUGGAUACUCUUGAAGAAGGAGCAUUUGUUCUGGCUGACAAUCUUAUGGAGCCAGCUAUUGUCAAAGUACCUGCUGACAAUAUAAUCCUGGAUGUUUAUGUACUCAGCACCGACGGCCAGGUGCAGGACUUCAAAUUUCCUCAAACCAGCAAGGGUGGUAUCUCUAUUCAACUGUCCUCCAACACUGUCAAGCUCAACAGUCGCAAUGGUGUUGCCAAACUGGUGUUUGUCCUCUACAAAAACCUGGGCCAAUUUCUUAGUACAGACAAUGCCACGCUCAAAAUGACCAACGAGGCCUAUGGUCGGAACAUGUCUAUGGCUGUUAACUCGGACAUCAUCGCCGCCUCCAUCAACAAAGAGUCCAGUCGCGUGUUUAGCAAUGACCCUGUUAUUUUUACCUUGGAGCACAUUGAUAUGGAGCACUACUUCAAUUCCAAUUGUUCCUUCUGGAACUACUCAGAGAGGAGCAUGAUGGGCCAUUGGUCCACUCAAGGCUGCAAACUUCUGGGUUCUAACAAGACCCAUACCUCCUGUUCCUGUAGUCACCUCACCAACUUUGCCAUCCUCAUGGCUCAUCGAGAAAUCUCUGGCAAAGAUGGAGUGCAUGAGUUGAUCUUGACUGUCAUCACCCGUGUAGGGAUUGUGGUCUCGCUAGUCUGCUUGGCCAUCAGCAUAUUCACCUUCUGCUUCUUCCGGGGCCUUCAAAGUGAUCGCAAUACCAUCCACAAGAACCUUUGCAUCAAUCUCUUCAUUGCAGAAUUAAUAUUCCUGAUCGGUAUCGAUAUGACAGAACCAAGGAUUGGUUGUUCCAUCAUUGCUGGGAUUCUUCAUUUCUUCUUCCUGGCAUCUUUCUCCUGGAUGUGUCUGGAAGGGGUUCAGUUGUACCUCAUGCUGGUGGAGGUUUUUGAGAGUGAAUACUCCAGGAAGAAAUAUUACUAUGUAUCUGGAUACCUCCUCCCAGCCAUCAUAGUUGGUGUGUCUGCAGCUAUUGACUACCAAAGCUAUGGGACUAAGAAAGCUUGCUGGCUAAGAGUGGACAAUCACUUCAUAUGGAGCUUUAUAGGACCUGUCACCUUUAUCAUCAUGCUCAAUCUCAUCUUCCUGGUCAUCACCAUGUACAAAAUGGUGAAGCACUCAACUACCUUAAAACCAGACUCCAGUCGGCUGGAAAAUAUAAAUAAUUAUCGCGUUUGUGAUGGAUACUAUAAUACCGAUUUGCCGGGCUAUGAAGAUAAUAAACCAUUUAUCAAGUCCUGGGUCCUGGGAGCCUUUGCUCUGCUGUGUCUGCUGGGCCUGACUUGGUCCUUUGGAUUGUUCUUCAUCAAUGAGUCCUCCGUGGUGAUGGCCUACCUCUUUACUACAUUCAACACCUUCCAAGGAAUGUUUAUCUUUAUCUUCCACUGCCUCCUCCAGAAAAAAGUCCGUAAAGAGUACAGCAAGUGCUUCCGACACACAUACUGCUGUGGUGGCUUGCCCACAGAGAGCGCCCACAGUUCUGCUAAGACAUCCACAGCCAGGACGAGUGCCCGCUACUCCUCUGGCACACAGAGCCGUAUCAGGAGAAUGUGGAAUGACACCGUAAGAAAGCAAUCUGAGUCCUCCUUUAUCUCAGGUGAUAUCAACAGCACCUCUACCCUUAACCAAGGACACUCACUGAACAACGCGAGGGACACAAGUGCAAUGGAUACUCUACCGCUAAAUGGUAACUUUAAUAAUAGCUAUUCACUCCGCAACGGGGACUAUGGCGACAGUGUGCAGGUUGUAGACUGUGGCCUCAGCCUAGAUGAUGCUGCCUUUGAGAAAAUGAUCAUCUCUGAGCUGGUGCAUAACAACCUGCGGGCUAAGAACCACCACCACCAACAACAGCAGCACCACCACCACCUUCACCCACAACGGAUCCCGCCCAAGGUGACGGUGGGUGGGAGUAGCGGUGAAAACAAUGCCAUCAUGGCAGACACCUCCUCUCUGGUGCACAGUGACACAGCGGGCCUGGAGCUGCACAGCCGAGAACUGGAGGCACCUCUCAUCCCCCAGCGGACUCACUCGCUUCUUUACCAGCCUCAGAAGAGAGUGAAGACCGAGGGGAUGGAGAGCUGCGGAGGCUUUGUCAGCCAGACGGCAGAGCCAAACGACAGCCUGCAGUCCCCCAACAGAGACUCCUUGUACACUAGUAUGCCUAACCUGAGGGACUCUCCAUUCCCCGAGAGUAGCCCCGACGUAGAGGAGGACCUCUCCUCCCCUUCCAAAAGGAGUGAGAAUGAGGACGUUUACUACAAGAGCAUGCCUAACUUAGGAUCUGGACACCAGCUCCAAGCAUACUACCAGAUCAGUCGAGGGAACAGUGAUGGUUAUAUUAUUCCUGUUACUAAAGAGUGCUGUACACCUGAAGGAGAUGUACGGGAAGGACAAAUGCAGUUAGUGACAAGCCUUUAAGAUUGAAAUCACCAUCUUUUCUUCUUCGUACCAGCCCUAUCUUUUGGAGGACACACUCUGAGAGAGGUUGCGGAAGUGGCUAGAGCCCAAACCAAACUGUCCCACUACCAUCCAAACAAUGUCCCCUUUAACCCUCCUUUACCUUUACACAGACAUACAGACUUAAGUGCACAGCAACGGCAGUGCACUGUUACUCCGAUAGCUGUGAAGUUUACACAGAAUGUACAUACAAUGCAAAGUCAAUUUCAAUUUAAGAAAUUAACCAAUUAUGUAUUUAAAUGUGAUGCUGCUGUUGAAUAACGGAUACAAAAAUAUACAUAAAAACGGAAGAAUAAAAAAAUAGGCUAUUUCAGAUCAGCAGUUUUCACCUCCAUAAUCCUUAUCAAAGCCUGUUUUUGUAUUAUAUACAAAAUAAAUAUUUUGGGCCAGGAUGAGGACAACAAUUUAACUGAGACGUUCCUGAUGAAUUACUUAAUUAGGAAUAUAAGGUCCUAGAGUUACCCCCAUCACGUGAAAUUUGGAUUGUAUAACCACUAGCAAUCAAGCCCCUGGCCUUAUAUUUUCUCAAUUGUACAUUGAGCUGUUAUUUAGGAAAAUUACAAAAAUAGAUAUAUUUUGUUGUAUUACUCGAGGAAAAAAAUUAUUAAAAAAGUACAUAUAAAGAAACAUUUUAAUUGAAAAUUUAAUUUGAAGAGACUAUUGUGUAAAAGUUGCACAAAAUGUGUUAAUUGUUCUUACACUUCAUUCAUCUACAUUUGAAGAAAAAAAGAUAAUUAAAACAAAAUGAGUCAACAAAGAACUUGAUUAAUGCAUAUUCACUUUUUCCACUUGUGAACAGUGUUUUCCUGAAUUAAUUUCAUAUUGUCAACUGCACUGGGUUUAUUUGAUAAUGCCAAAACAUGAAAUGAAUCUUGUCAGUCAUUAUAUAGGUUCAUGGGCACCAAUGACUUAAAACGAUCUUCUGACAAUAAAGUUUGUAUUCAUUAUAUAUGUAUUUAUUAUGCUUGGGUGUGGACAUUAAAUUAUUAAAAUAUUUCCAAAUAAUGAAUGGAGAAUGUGCAAAUAUUUUCCAGCACUGGUAUACAUAGCUCAUCUUUUUCUGUAAACUAUGAAGGGGCCCAUCACUAAAGACUGAUGUAAAGUUCAACACUUGUUUAACAAAAAAAUAAAUGUGAGAUUAUUUGUCAAAUGCCAGUUCCUUUAUUAAUUUGUGUUUUUGUACUGUUUAAGACUUCAGCUUUGAUUAUUUUGCUAAAGACAAAAUAUAUUUUUGACUUUUGUUUUCCUUUUUUGACUGCAUUGCAGGUUAGUCAAGCUAAUUUCCCUUUUGUGUUGGAGAAGCCAAAUCAUUUCAUGUAAUUUAAUAAUGAGAACUCAGGUAGGGAAAAUUCAAUUGUAAAUGUUACUCUGUGUGGUUGUAACAGUCCAAUAAAAGUUCCAGUAAAAAUUACAUCGGUUCACAGCAUUGUCCACGUAGCAUAUUAUUGAGCACUGCCCCAGACAACAUUAAAACCUGCUGUAAAACAUUGUAUCUCUAGCUGGCUUCAGUAUGUUGGUAGGAAAUUAGUUUUAAGGGUCACUGUUACAGUUGUAACAGUAACCCUUAAAGUUGAAAUGUGAAGACAAUUCUUCAUAAUUAAUAAGUAUAUUACUUACACAAUUAAUGUCUACUCAAGAAGUCAGUCUGACAUGGCUUGACAUGGCCACAGGUACUACUAAAUGAUGGGUCAUUUUCAUAUGAUACCAACUGAAGCAUAAAACAGUUCUUGGCAGGGAGGCUGGAAUUUGAACUGUUUACCACUGAAAUAAGUUAAUCUGACAUUCCUUUCAGAGGAAUGUUAAUGUUAAUGCUGUGUGGGCUGAUUUGGCUUUUGAUAUAAUUGAACAUAAAACAUUUAGUUAAAUUCUUAUCGGACAUUAUAAUCUAAGAACUGUUUUGUUUUUCAUUGAUCCACACUAUUUGUUGUUGACCCAAAUAGUUUGAGUGGUCAGCCAAACUAACUUUGCUACAAUACGCAAUACUACAAUUGUGUAUAGUAAGUAAUACGUUGUAUAUGUCAUUUAUUUUUACAAAUACUUUGGAUGAAAUAUUCGUCCUGAUUCUACAGUAGAUUUCUUAAAUGUUGACUUGAGAGGGUUUAUUUACAUUAAUAGUAAAGAAAAGUGUUACUAUGACACUAAGUUUGUAGGACUAAAUGGCUCAUGCAAUACUUGAUGCUGAAAAGAAAAGAAUAGCUGUUACAUAAGCUUGGUAAUGCCAAUUUUUCAUCAAUGCAAUGUUCAUUGAUCAAAAACAAACAUUUCCCUACUCCAUUUCAUAUUUGAUAUAGGAACAAAACAAGCAAACAAAUACACAACUCUCCUCACCUCUCUGCAGUGUAUUUACCUGAGCGCAGUGACCAAGAGACGAUAUGAUCUGGGAUGAGCCCUUCAGUCUGAAACAAGCUGUAUGGAAUCAGCCCCUGCAACCCUGUGUGUGGCCUCCUUGCCGUUUGAGACCCUUCGUAGCUCCCGCUCCUGCACUGGGGAGUCUUACUCUUUGUCAAACAGUGAUUUAGAUGUAGGCCAGUAGCCAAGGGGCACUCCGCUCUGUGUCUCCCAUAGAAAAUAGCUAGGAAAUAGAAGGAGGCACCUGCAUGCAUUGGACUGGAAAACUGUCAGUGUAAUGCAGUGAAAGCGAUGGUGAUUGAUAGUUGACUCAAAGGACAGCCACACUGGGAUUUAUAUUGAUUAUGACCGUUAUUAACAGGCACACAGAUGUUUGAAAUUACUUUUUGACUAAUAUUUCAUUCAUAUGUCAAAUACAUGGUUCUUUUUUUCUGAACGGGAAUUGGAACACUCAAUGUGUCAGCUUUAAAAAAAAACUGUUUAAACUGAUUAUCUGUUAAGAAUAAAUAUGUAUGAGGUUAUUAAACAUAGAGAACAUUGUCCUGUUUGCACUGUUGUGGAUUUUACAUAUG